CGCAUGUCUCAGUAGCAGCUUUUCUGUCUAACGGCUUUGGUCAGCUAACAGCUGCUCGUUAAAGAAGUGACAUAUUUAACAUAUGGUUAUAAUUCACAGUGAUUGCUCAACAAUAUCAUAGAGUUGUCGACCUACAGAGAAUAAUAUGCCGAAAAACAAAGGUAAGGGAGGAAAGAAUCGGCGACGUGGUAAGAAUGAAAAUGAAUCCGAGAAGAGGGAGCUGGUGUUUAAAGAGGAUGGACAAGAAUAUGCACAGGUAAUUAAAAUGUUGGGAAAUGGGAGAUUAGAGGCCAUGUGUUUCGAUGGAGUCAAGCGGCUUUGUCACAUUCGAGGAAAGCUCCGGAAAAAGGUCUGGAUUAACACAUCAGACAUUAUACUCAUUGGAUUACGAGACUACCAGGAUAACAAAGCAGAUGUCAUUUUGAAGUAUAAUGCUGAUGAGGCUCGAAGUUUGAAAGCCUAUGGAGAGCUUCCAGAACACGCCAAAAUCAACGAGACCGAUACCUUCGGGCCUGGCGAUGACGAUGAAAUUCAGUUUGAUGACAUUGGUGAUGAUGAUGAGGACAUUGAUGAUAUCUAAUAUGAUACUGGGAAGAAAACGUUUUCAACCUGCAGCAUCCCUGAAGCCACAGCUCCCAACAAAAUGUACACGGAGGUUCAAGUUUCAGGUUUCUUUGACUUGACAAGCAUUGUCAUCUUCAAUUCAUUUUGUUAUAUUUUAAUGUAUUUAUUUUGAUUUCACAUCAAGUGGAAUUUAGCUACAACAGAAUCUCUGGAUUCGCAAUAAAAAGAUAACCAAUUUUAUUUUUGGUCUUGCAGUCUCUACCCUAAUAGAAAUGUUUGAAAGUUUUGUGGAGAAAUGCGAAACUCACUGGGGGAGUUAAUACAAAAUGCCUUUUUAAAUGUUUUCUUUUCACCUAAAUCACCAUUAAUAAUUUACUGAUCAUACAAUAUUGCAUUAGCCAAUGCAUCUGUUGUUCUUGAAGUCUCUCUCUUUUUAGCUCCUUGUUCCUUUAACUGUGAUUUUUUUAAACAAAUCCAUCCUGAUCUUGUUUUUUGUUUUUGCCUAGUUAAAAUAAAUAAUGAAUGCUCAUUA